AGAGGUCGCUGUAUUCGUCGACCUUUCUUUGACUUUGUUGAGCCAAAGCGUCACGACGAUAGGAGAUAUUUGAAAGUAAUCGGGAGUUUUGCCAGUAGCUGCAACGCUAAACGAAGUGGAUUAAAAUCCAGAAGCGAUAAUAACACGUUUCCUGUUAUACGUAAUACUAUAUCAAGUUCACAUAUUCAAACAUAUUCAAAAUUCAGAGGCAUGGCGCUAAACAAGCUCAGCAUCGAUAAAGUGGAUCUUACGGAUAAACGCGUUCUCAUACGGGUAGAUUUCAAUGUACCUUUGAAGGAUGGUAAAAUCACCAAUAACCAGAGAAUCGUUGCUGCUUUGGAUACAAUCAAAUAUGCUCUUGAAAAAAAAGCAAAAUCUGUUGUUUUAAUGUCACACUUGGGACGUCCAGAUGGUAAACGAGAUAUGAAAUACUCUCUUAAACCUGUUGCGGAAGAACUAAAGUCCUUACUUGGAAAGGAGAUUCUAUUCUUGAACGACUGUGUGGGAUCUGAGAUUGAAACCGCAUGUGCCAAUCCAGUGCCUGGAACUAUUAUCUUACUUGAAAACUUAAGAUUUCACAUAGAAGAAGAAGGUAAAGGAAUAGGAGCGGAUGGAGCCAAAGUAAAAGCAGAGAAGGAAAAAGUAGAGGAAUUUAGGAAAUCAUUGAGAAAAUUAGGAGACAUUUAUAUUAACGAUGCCUUUGGUACAGCCCAUCGAGCUCACAGCUCUAUGCUUGGUGAAGGAUAUGAAACAAGAGCAAGUGGUUUUCUUCUGAAAAAAGAAUUGGAAUAUUUUGCUAAAGCGCUGGAUAAUCCUGAAAGGCCAUUUCUGGCUAUACUAGGUGGUGCCAAAGUUGCAGAUAAAAUACAGUUGAUUAAUAAUUUGCUGGAUAAAGUUAAUGAGAUGAUCAUAGCUGGUGGAAUGGCUUACACCUUUCUAAAGAUAUCGAAAAACAUGAAGAUUGGUAAUUCAUUAUUUGACGAAGAGGGUGCGAAAAUCGUUAAUGAAUUAUUAUCUAAAGCUGAGAAAAAUAAAGUUCAAAUACAUCUGCCCGUUGAUUUUGUUAUCGCAGACAAAUUCGCAGAAAAUGCAGCUGUUGGUGCUGCGGAUGUAGAAAAUGGUAUACCCGAUGGUUGGAUGGGACUUGACAACGGACCAAGAUCAAGCACCUUAUUUAGUGAACCUAUUAAGAGAGCAAAAACAAUCGUAUGGAAUGGCCCGGCAGGUGUCUUUGAAUUUGAAAAUUUUAGUAAAGGUACGAAGAGCUUAAUGGACAAUGUUGUAGAGACAACGUCACGAGGUACUAUUACCAUAAUCGGUGGUGGUGAUACAGCCACUUGCGCUGCUAAAUGGAAAACAGAAGAUAAAGUAAGCCAUGUGAGCACCGGUGGUGGCGCAAGUUUAGAACUUCUUGAAGGAAAGAUUUUACCGGGAGUUGCGGCCCUCUCUCCGUUAUAAUCUCUGCUCGAUGUCAUUUACAUCUUUAGAUUUUGGUUAGCAUCUUUAUUUAAAAGAUGUUAAUUUUCUUUAAUUACCAAACUAGCAUCGUAGUAUAAUGAAAUAAAAUAAAAUAGGAUAUUUAUCGCUGUGUAUAAAUUACCUUAGUAAUCUAUACCGUAUCGGUAUAAUUUAUGUUUGGAAAAUUCCUUUUGCUUUCACAUGUGAGAUACAUCUGCAUUCGCGAAUAUAAAAAGCAUAAAAUGUAUUUAUAAUCGUAUAAAAACAAUUACAUAUAUACUAGAUGUAACGUUCCAAUAUCAUUGUUGAAAUUGUUAAAUUCUGCAUGCUAUUAUUUCCUUGUGUGACGA